CAGUAUGAGACGCGUCACGCGACUGAUGAUAUGACACUGUUACAACUGCAUAAACUGCAUAAUUGCACUUGCAUGUUACACACAGGGGGUCUAUAUACUAUAAAUUUGGGUAGGUAUAGUCCCGCCCUGUGUCCCCCUUGAUGAGGGCUUGAGCAGUCGAGUUGCGUGAACGAUAAACGAGCUUAUGUAGUUGAAAGAUAACCUAGACGCGAGUGCAAGCCGCAAGGCUUCGGUUUGGACUUUUCCAAACUUUUAAAAACAAUAAAGAGUGAAGUUCCGAGGGAAACAAAACAGGCAUUGUUACAAUGCCAGUCCAGGAAGUCGCAGUGGCUCAACCCCCGGCUCAAGAGUCUGAGGACAACGGGCCGUCGUCGCAGCCCGUUGUCGGCAUAAUUUAUCCUCCGCCGGAGGUUAGAAAUAUUGUGGACAAGACUGCUAGUUUUGUUGCCAGAAAUGGACCUGAAUUUGAAUCCAGGAUUCGUCAGAAUGAAUUGGGGAAUCCCAAAUUUAAUUUCUUAAAUGGUGGUGAUCCAUACCACUCCUACUACCAGCAUAAGGUCAAAGAAUUUAAAGAAGGUAGAGGACAAGAACCGACUAUUGGUGCUCCUAAAGGAGUGAAUUUAAGUGCUCAUCAGAAGCAGCAAGAAAUUCUUAAACAAGUUGAGCAGCCUUUCAUUCCAAAGGAUGCACCUCCAGAUUUUGAAUUCAUUGCUGAUCCACCAUCCAUUUCUGCAUUAGAUUUGGACAUAGUAAAACUGACUGCUCAAUUUGUUGCACGUAAUGGUAGGCAAUUUUUGACAAAUCUUAUGAACAGAGAGCAAAGGAACUUUCAGUUUGACUUUUUACGACCUCAACAUUCACUGUUUCAAUAUUUUACAAAAUUAUUGGAACAGUAUACAAAGGUUUUGAUUCCAGCCAAAGAUUUACCUCCUAAAUUGAAAAAGGAAUCUUAUAACAGGGACAAAAUUCUUGACCAAGUCAAAUAUCGAGCUGAGUGGCUGAAUUAUCAAGAUGCUCAGAAAAGAAAAGAAGAAGAAGAACUAGAGCGCGAAAGGGUUGCUUAUGCACAAAUCGAUUGGCAUGAUUUCGUCACUGUAGAAACGGUGGAUUAUCAGCAAUUUGAAGUCGGUAAUUUCCCAGCACCUACCACGCCUGAAGAAGUUGGUGCAAGAGUUUUGAUGCAGGAGCGCAUUGAGGAUGGUGAAGUUGAGAUGCAAAUCGAAAGUGAUGGCGAGGAUGAAAUGCUGUCGCGAAUGGCGAUUAAUGAAAAAGAUCGCGCUAAAGACAACAACCAAGUGCAGGAUAUGGAGGAAGAUUCAAGCGGAGAUGAUGAAAUCGCACCACCGGGUGAUACACAAAAGAAAAAUAAAGCGCUCGACAGCAUGCAGCCACCACCGCUGCCGCCUACUCCCGGCAAUGUUGUGGUCAAAAAAGGCUAUGAUCCAAAGCAACACGCAGCAAAAGCAGCAAGACCAGCUGCUCCGGAUGAAUAUCUCGUCUCGCCUAUUACUGGUGAACGCAUUCCCGCUAGCCAAGUACAGGAACAUAUGCGCAUUGGUUUGUUGGAUCCUCGCUGGGUCGAGCAACGCGAUAAACAUUUGGACAAACUUGCGCAAGAAACUGUCUUUGCGCCGGGUACUGCUAUUGAGGCUAGUCUGAAGCAGCUGGCUGAAAGACGUACUGACAUUUUCGGUGUCGGAGACGAGGAGACAGCCAUUGGAAAGAAGAUUGGCGAAGAAGACAAAAAGAAAGACGACAAGGUGACGUGGGAUGGACACACGUCCAGUGUAGAAGCAGCCACAAGGGCAGCCAGGGCAAACAUAACUCUCGAAGAACAGAUCCACCAGAUUCAUAAAGUCAAAGGUUUGCUACCCGACGAGGAGAAGGAGAAAAUCGGGCCGAAACCCGCGAGUCGAGCAGCGGAACUGUCGCAGAUGGCAGCGGCUGCUUCGAAGCCUCAAGCUACAUUGAAGGCACCGCCAAAGCCUCCGGCACCGAAGCCAAUUCCUCAGCCACAGCCGACACAACCACCUCCGCCGCCUCAGAUGACCAUUCCGGCGAUGGCAAUGCCACAACCAAUGAUGCCGCAACCAAUGAUGAUGAUGGCGCCCAUGCCACCAAUAAGACCGCCACCUUUACUCGCGCCACCGAUGUCACCUUUCAUGCCGCAACCACCGAUGCAGCCGCCAAUGCCACCACCAAUGGGUAUGAAGCACCCUGCAGAAGGCGGAAUGGAGGAUGAACCGCAACAUAAGAAACUUCGUACGGAAGACUCAUUGAUUCCAGAACAACAAUUUCUGGCUAGAAAUAAGGGUCCAGUACAGCUGAAUAUUGCAGUUCCAAUGAUGGCGGAGAAGACCGAGUGGAAACUCAAUGGUCAAACGUUGCAGAUAUCUUUGCAAAUUACCGACUCUAUAGCUACCAUGAAAGCUCGUAUCCAUGAACAGACGGGCAUGCCACCUGGCAAACAAAAGUUGCAGUAUGAAGGCAUGUUUUUCAAGGACUCAAACUCGCUAGCUUAUUACAAUCUGACAUCAGGAAAUGUGAUCAAUUUAUUGCCCAAAGAAAGAGGUGGCAGAAAGAAGUAAAUUAUACAUAAACAAUAAGAAUUUAUCCUCGCGACGUGUGAGGUGCGUGUAAAUAAUAUAAUUGUCAACAAUUGUCUAUUAUACUUUUUUUCUUGCAAUUCUACUCUGUAUGUUUAGUUUUCCACCCCAAAUAAACUUAUAAUAUUAACAUUGAUAUAAAAA